AUGGUUCUCUUUGGAAUUCUCCAGGCUUACAUGCGACCACUUGGCGUGGCUACGACUCUGAUUUCCGUCGAUGACGAGAGCGGCCCGCAACUCUACAAGUGUGACCCGGCUGGUUACUUUGUUGGGUACAAGGCGACAGCUUCCGGUCCUAAGCAGCAGGAGGCGUUGAACUACUUGGAGAAGAAACUGAAGAACAAGGACGCGGCCGCGGGCAGCUGGGAGGAGGUUGUGGAGCUGGGUAUCACAGCCCUCAGCAAUGUGCUUAGUGUCGACUUCAAGAAGCACGAGAUUGAGAUAGGCAUCGUCGGUGGGCCGCGGGCUGACGGCGAGGAGGGAACCACUACAGCGUUCCGUGCCCUGACGGAAGAGGAGAUUGAUGAACGGCUGCAGGCCAUAGCCGAGAAGGACUGA